AACGAGACGAAAACGAACCUCCGCUUGCGACGCCGCCGCCAGCCGCAGCCGCAGACGCCAAACGCCGAGUUGCGCGUCGGCUUCUUGUUCCGUUCGAAUUUCGUGUUAUUGUUGUGAAUGGAGUGAAAUCGGAGCAUCAAAAUGGCUCAGAGAUUUCCUGGGACGCCGAAUAUGGCUCCUGUGGGUGCCCCUGGACCGCAGAGAUACCCUCCACCGUCAGGAGUACCUCCUUUGAGACAAUAUGCGGGACCAAAUUUUCCGCGACCUGGCUUCCAAGGUGGUCCCCAGUCGGCUAUGGGAAAUGCUGGUGGGCCUGGGAUGAUGCCUCCUAGACCGCAAGGUCAACCUCAGCCUCAGUACAACCCUAUGGGUCGACCCCAAGGAAAUCCAACUUCCAUGCCUGUUGGAGGCAAGCGCCCUUCUGAUGUACGGCCUCCUACAGUCCAAAAAACGGACUUCAUUCAACAUGUACCCACCAAAAAGAAGAAGAAGCUGGCUGACAAGAUUCUUCCUCAAAAAGUACGAGACCUUGUCCCAGAGUCCCAAGCUUACAUGGAUUUGCUCGCAUUUGAAAGGAAGUUGGACUCCACAAUUAUGAGGAAACGUUUAGACAUUCAGGAAGCUUUAAAGAGGCCCAUGAAACAGAAACGCAAACUCCGAAUUUUCAUUUCAAAUACAUUUUACCCAGCAAAAGAACCAGGAGAGAAUGAGGAAGGAACUAUUGCCAGCUGGGAAUUGCGUGUUGAGGGUCGUUUGUUGGAGGACUCUAAAAAUGAUCCUAACAAGGUGAAGCGCAAAUUUUCUUCAUUCUUCAAAAGCUUAGUGAUUGAACUAGACAAAGAUCUCUAUGGGCCUGACAACCAUCUUGUGGAAUGGCAUCGCACUCCUACAACUCAGGAAACUGAUGGUUUCCAGGUAAAACGCCCAGGUGAUAAAAAUGUACGGUGUACCAUUUUACUUUUGCUGGACUACCAGCCAUUGCAAUUUAAACUGGAUCCGCGUUUGGCUCGACUGUUGGGUGUGCACACACAAACUAGGCCAGUUAUAAUUCAGGCACUGUGGCAGUACAUCAAGACUCAUAAGCUUCAGGACUCACAUGAGCGUGAAUUCAUCAAUUGUGACAAGUACCUUGAGCAGAUAUUCUCAUGUCCACGCAUGAAGUUUGCAGAAAUACCCCAGCGUUUGAAUCCUCUCCUUCAUCCUCCAGAUCCAAUUGUGAUCAAUCAUAUCAUUAGUGUGGAAGGAGCUGAGCAAAAGCAGACAGCUUGUUACGAUAUAGAUGUGGAAGUAGAUGAUACUUUGAAAACACAAAUGAACAACUUCUUACUGUCAACAACAAGUCAACAGGAAAUCCAGAACUUGGACAACAAAAUUCAUGAAACAGUGGAAUCAAUAAAUACUUUGAAGACGAACAGAGAAUUUUUCUUGAGCUUUGCCAAGGAUCCACAACAAUUCAUCAACAAAUGGCUGAUAUCGCAGACACGAGAUUUGAAGACUAUGACUGAUGUUGUUGGUAACCCAGAAGAAGAGCGCCGGUCCGAGUUCUUCUACCAGCCAUGGGCACAGGAGGCUGUGUGCCGCUACUUUUACACCAAGGUGCAGCAGAAGCGAGCAGAACUUGAACAGGCUUUGGGGAUUCGUAAUAAUUGACAAUAGUAACUCACAUAACCAACCACUUUAAUUUUUUAUUGUGUAUUUAUUUUAAUCGACUUAUCCAUUUCUGUGUGAGAGGAUGUUUUUCUAUUGGUACUUUUUAUCCUGUUGGAUGCCCCCUGUGAAGCACUAUGCACUUGUGGCAUUGUUUAAUCCUAUAACCACAGAGACUACUCUCAAUCUUGAUUCAUUCCUACCUACCAGUAGCCCAUUUAGAGCCCCAUCAAAUUGAAACUUUUAAGAGUUUGUAUCAAGCAAUUGUAUAUAUUUAUAUGUCUUAGCAAUGCAGUGUAUUUUGCAAUAAAUGUGUUAGCUAUGCAGCUAUGCAGCUGGUACAUGUUAAUCAUAGUGAUAAAAAUAUUGAAUACUUGCUUAUGUAAAUAAAUACCGCUUUCCAUAUC